GGUGAAAUAAAUUGUCAGCCAAUGAAUGACUAUCUUGGCGUAUCGAUUAUUAUUUUGUAUGACAUUGAUUUUCUUCACUCUGAUCAAAAAGUUAAUGGGGAAUAACGACGGGAAUGAAGAACCAUCAAAUCCAAAAGUUCAGAGGAUAAUUAAUGAAUUGGGUGGACAAUUGCUCAACUACCUACCAAAAAUCAAUUGGCAAUUUGAAUCUGUUAUCAGUAAACAAUGUGAACCUAUACUUCCAAGACGAUUGCAUUUAAUGCUUGAUAAGAGAUAUUUUCCAACACCAGAAGUGGGUACAAUACGGGAACUUCAACUAUAUUGGUCUCUGGUUGCCAUUCAUACUGCUGCCUAUGUAUACAAAACCGUCGGUGCAGGAUAUUCAGAAGCAAUGAAAGUCUGGUUAGCAAAUGCAGCUUAUGCAACGAUUACAUUUAGUCUGAUUGGUGAAAUUCCACGCUCAGAAAACAAAAUCACUGUAAAUCCUGACACAGUUGAAUCCAUCUCUGUUCCAGACUCAAUUUCAAUAGAUGAAGCCGAUGGCAAUUGGUUCUAUGGUCAAUGGACAAAUGAGAAUUUAGCGUCUGAGGUAGAUAUGCAAGAUGUUAUAAGACCAGAAAUGAUAGACACUUGUUUGAAAGUAAUGCUUGCUGCUGUUGUCAACUUCUACCAUGAAAAUCGUUUUACACCUUCACAGACGUCUAUCGACAAUGACAACAGCAGUUAUGCUGUACAAAUAAUAAAAGGUGAUUUAAUGGAUCGAUAUGGAAUUGUUGAUCAAUCCGAUAAAAUCAUGGUCAUGAAGAUAACUGGUCAAUGGAUUUCACGAAUUCGUGUAUUCAAUGUGAUCACUUGUCUACAGACACUUAAACAUCCAUUGAGAGAUAUUAGAACAAUCGGUCCAGGAAAACUACCAUUGACAAGAGAAGUGAGAGAUGAGUCAAUUCCCUACCAAGUGGUUGGCAGAAAACACAGAUUGCUGAAAAGAUUGCAAUCAAGUUAGUGAAUUGUAAAGUUCUUCGAUUAUUCCCUAAUAUUGAGCAACUGAAUAACUUAAAAAGUCGACUGAAUGAAAUUAUACAAGAUCCAUUCUAUUACCAUACUGAUGCCAGUUAUCUAACUGCCACUUCAUCGAAACCUAACAUCACUGAUGAUGCAAACAAUUUGUUAGGACAACUGAUUACCUUUUUAAAGUAUUCUGAACCAAACAGUGAGUUGUUUACAAGUUCUUAUCUGAAAGUUGAUGGUCGAACACGUGAACAGGAAUAUGAUGAUUACGAUGAGAAUUGGGAGAUGAUAUUGAAGCGAGUAUAUGCAUGUGAUGUAUCAAUUCAAUCAAAAGUUAUUAACAGUGAAUUAGAGAAGUUGAUACUAACUCAAAAUAACUUUACAUAUCAAGAAGGAUUGUUACGAAAGUGUUUAAAGUUAUACAAUGUAAAAGUUGAUUUGUAAUGAUUUUCAUCAAUUCAAUAUUUUAUAGUGUAAAUUUUGUAUGAUUAUUCUGCAUUUUAAACAAUACAUGUCAGUAAACCAGAUUGAGGAAC